GUAAGUGAAGACCUCAGUAUAAGGCAGGCAAAGCCUGAAAAGGAUCUCGGGGAGUCCGAUUUUAGCAGAGGGAACAACAUGUACAAAGGCCCAGAGGGACCCAAAGUACUUCAAAAUGGUAUUUGUGAAGCGUUUGCUGCAAGGAUGUGGUGGGGGAAAGAGUUGGGGAGAUUAACAGGGACCAAAUCAUAAAAGAAAUCUCUACACCCACUGUGGGGCUCAAACUCACAACCCCGAGAUCAAGAGUCCCACUCUCUACUGACCAAGCCAGCCAGGUGCCCCAGAAGGCUUAAUUUUGUAGUCUGGACUUCGCAAUACUGAGGAGCUCAGUCUCCAUGCUGGGGCUGGGUGGGGUCAUCUAUGUCUAUAGUCUGUUAUCAGUUGAAAGAAUCUGAAAGUGGAAUUAGAAGUAAAGUAAAUAUGUAGUUCCUGAGCUGGAGAAACGUGUUAGAGAGCAGAGUUUGAUCUGGACAGCUCAAGGAAGAUGUCCUUACAUGUUAUGAAGGGAAUGGGUAUAAGAUGGGUAUUCCUUCCUUUCAGAUCAAGAGAUUAUCAUCAGGAAAGGAAUCAGAAUGAAGCAUGAGUUUGAACGGCAGCAAAAUAUACUUUUUUUGGCAUAAGGAUUACUUUGAGAAAUAGCAGACACAGGAGAAGCCCAGAAAAGAGUACAAGUUACCCUUUUGUAAGGAUGUCUUGCUCUCUGUGAGGAAGAGAAGGUCUACCCCGAGUCACAAGAAACAAGAAGGCAGUAACAAACCUUACUCCUGUUCAUACCUUUCCUGGUUAGCUCCCACACCUGGUCUCCCUUGCACGCUCUUUGUUCUGUCCUUAGCUGAAGGUGAGAUUCCAGCCUGAAUUCUCAGCCACCUCUGAGAGUCACUCAUUUUUCCCUAGGUCUCUCCCACGUGUACAUGAGAUAUACACAUUAAUAAACUUGUGUUUCCCCCUCCUUAAUCUGUCUUUUGUUACCGGGACGCCAGCCAAGAAGUUAGAAGGGUUGAGGGAAAAUUGUGUUUUCCUCCUUUACAAGUGUCAAAAUUCUACACGAGCGUUUUCUGGGCGUGUCAUCCAUAUUCAUGUACUGGACACUAGGGGAAGCAAUGAACAUUUAUUCGGGUUUCAGAGCCCACGCGAGCCUGGAGAGGGUGUGGAAUACGAGAUAGACCAUCAAGGUGUCAGACUGCAGAACCCGCCCAUCGUGGGGCUGGGACAGCACGGCGUCUGGGCACAACUGGAGAUUUCUGGCGACAAGCUAAGGUUCUCCCAGCUUCCUGCCUUAUUUCCAGCAUCAGGGUGCAUGCCUCUUCCCAGCACAAAGAAGGGGGUCUGCAGGCGCUCUGGGCCGUGUUGGUGGGAGAAGCAAACAAGCCUGGAAGGACGGGCGCACGGUUGACAGCUGCGAGGCCUGGGGGCGCUCUGGGUGCAGCAAACGCAGACGACGGCACCACCGAGAGCGGGAGGCCGCCCGCGUCCUAGAGAGCCCUCCGAACCUCUAGGUUUUCCCUUGCCGGCUGCUCUAGGACCCACCUCGGCCAGACCGGGGCCGCUGAUAUUUACUUCCGGCUCCGCGGCGCGCGGCCCGGCUUCCGGUGGGAGGGGCUCUGCCGGCUAGAGGGGAGGGGAUCCGGCGUGGAGGGGGCGGACGGAGCGGUGCAGAGGCCUGAUUGGGGCCUCGCGGGCGCGCCCUUCCGCUCCGAAAGUCGCGUCCAGGCGGGCCACCGCCCCCUCCUCCAGGCGGGCCGCCCCCCCUACCCUCCAGGAAGCCCUUUCCCCCCACUUCUCCAGGCCAUCUCCCCCACCCCUCCCGGUAGGCCCCUCCGCCCUGCUCCAGGCCAUCUUCCCCCCUCCUCCAGGCAGGCCACCCCCUCCUCUUCCAGGCGAGCUGCUCUCCCCCGGCUCUAGGCAGGCCAUCCUCUCCUCCUCCAGGCAGGCCGCUCCCUACCUUCCAGGCAGGCCACACCCCGUCCUCCAGGCGGGCCGCUCCCCCGCUGCUCCAGGCAGGCCACCCCCUCCUCCUCCAGGCGGGCCGCCGUCCGCCCCCCCCCCCCCCACCCCCCAGCUCCAGGCAGGCCACCCCCUCCAGUGGGGCUCCCGAGUCUAUCGGUUGUGUCGCACGGAAGACGCGUGAACCCGAGACCUUCCUGUUUCCCCCGGAGAACAGGGGCCCGGAGUUACUUGGAAUUACUGAUCAUCUGUCUUCUGAGCUCCCAACCUGUAGGGCUGUGACGUCACGGACGUGGGGGGAGGGGGAGGGCCUAGGCCCGGGUCCCCUCGACCCUCCCCACACGGUCCCCGUCGGGGAAGAGAACUGCCCGCCUCCAGCACACCCUGCAGGAACGCGGACGCGGGUGUGGCCACAGGCUGGCCGACCCCGGACCAAAGCCGUCUGCACCCGGAGGGGCCCCAGCGCUGACCUCCCCCCUCUCCCCUCAUUGUAACAGUAAAUGUCACACCCGGGGUGGAGAUCACCGCCAGGGCCCCCGCCUCCGCGCCCUCGCUCUUCACCCCUCUCCCGCCCACCUGUCCUGGGGUGAGCCCACCGUCCGUCCCGCCGCCUCCGGGAUGCGGGGCAGCAGCCCCAACUCAGCCGAGCCCGACGCUCCUGGUGGGCCGCGCGGGUCAGCUCCUGCUGCGGGGCGAGCCUAGGGCCCCGCUGGGCAGCGGGAGCGCGUCAGAACCUGAGGGUGUACCUGUGCUGUUGUUGCGUAGACGGGGAGCUCAGCCCCUACACGGAGGUAGGCGUGCAGAGGGUCAGUCCCAAAGCGCAGCAUGUAUCUGGCUGGCAUCGAGCUCGCCCCGUUCGGAGCGUUUCCUGCUUCCUCGCAGCUGGAAAGAACCUCGAGGGAAAUCUCUCAAGGAGAGUGUAACGGGCCCUGUGUGGGGGUGUCUCAGUGCAGCAGAGCAUGAAAUGAAGCCAAGCGCGGCUGGCGCUUUGACCCCAAGUUCCAGAGGAGCCCGUGGGGUUUGUGACCCUGAAGGUGAAGGAUGAACAUGUAUGGAAACGAGAAUCCAGCAUCGGAAGGAAGGAACCUCAUUCAGGCAGUUUUGCUACCAAGAGGCGCCUGGGCCCCGCGAGGCGCUGCGCCGGCUCCGCGAGCUGUGCCGCCAGUGGCUGAGCCCGGAUAUACACAGCAAGGAGCAGAUCCUGGAGCUGCUGGUGCUGGAGCAGUUCCUGACCAUCCUGCCCGCCGAGCUCCAGGCCUGGGUGCGGGGACAGCACCCGGAGAGCGGGGACGAGGUGGUGGUGCUCCUGGAGCACCUGCAGAGACAGCUGGAGGCGCCGACACCGCAGGUCCCAGGUGGUGGCCAGGGCCAAGAGCUUGUCUGUUGCCAGAUGGCAGCACUGACACCUUCCCGCGGAUCACGGAGUGCCCCGUUCCAGCCGGUGAGGGCUCUGCUCAAGCAUGAAUCUCUGGGAUCACGGGCCUUACCAGGCACAGUUCUCCAGGGUCCUGGGCUUGCCCUGGGAGGGCGCUGCAGAGGAGACGCAGUGGUGGCGGCCAGGCUGCCCCCAGAGCCCCAGGGCUUGCUGAAAACGGAAGACGUGGCCCUGGCUGUCUCCUCUGGCUGGGCGCAGCUGGAUUCCUCUCGGGGGAGCUUCCACGGAGACGAAGGGCGGGAGAACCCCGGCGGCCUGACCUCCCCGGGUGGUGAAGCAGAGGCCGAGAUCCGGGCCCUGCCUGUGGACGAGGUCCGGCCAGUACAAGAGUCUGGGGGAAUACCACGCCCCCUGCGUGAAGACACUGCCCAGAUUCCCGAAGGCACUGAAGCUGGCGAACAGGAGGGCAGGUUCCCGAGAAAGCGGAAAACUGCCACAGGAAGUAGGAGGCACUACUGUCAUGAAUGCGGAAAGAGUUUUGCUCAGAGUUCGGGCCUGACUAAACACAGGAGAAUCCACACCGGGGAGAAACCCUAUGAAUGUGAAGACUGUGGCAAGACCUUCAUCGGGAGCUCUGCCCUCGUCAUCCAUCAGAGAGUCCACACUGGGGAGAAACCCUAUGAGUGUGAGGAAUGUGGCAAGGUGUUCAGUCACAGCUCAAACCUCAUCAAACACCAGAGAACCCAUACUGGGGAGAAGCCCUACGAGUGUGAGGAGUGUGGGAAAACCUUCAGCCAGAGUUGCAGCCUCCUUGAACAUCACAAAAUCCACACAGGGGAGAAGCCGUACCAGUGCAACAUGUGUGGCAAAGCUUUUCGGCGGAAUUCACAUCUCCUCAGACACCAGAGGAUCCACGGCGAUCAAAAUGUGCAGGAUCGUGAAUGUGCAGAGACCUGGGAGAGUCAGGGGAGGGUGGAAAGCCGGUGGGAAAACGUUGAGGCUCCCGCGCCUCACACAUGUAACGAGUGUGACAGGAGUUUCACUCGGAGUAGAAGCCUUCUCGAACAUCAGAAAAUCCACACUGGUGAGAAACCCUAUCAGUGUGACACAUGUGGGAAAGGCUUCACCCGAACUUCAUACCUUGUUCAACACCGGAGGAGCCAUGUUGGAAAGAAAGUUCUAUCUCAGUGAGCCACGUCGUGCAUGCCAGAUUUGUUCAUUCCUCACAGAACUGGGCUGAGGCUCUACUGACCGCUACAUGCCAUCUUGUGUUGGAAGGCCGAGUCUGGAGGGAUGCAUUGUCUUCUACAUUCUAGAAGGUGGCUGGGAAACAGCUUGUUUGAUAGGAGGCUCUGGGAGAGUUGUCUGGAAGAGGUAGGAUAUGAAAUGAUUGUUCUCACCUACUGGACUGAAAUGGGCCUCCAGACUGGCUAACCACCUCCAGCCAGCACUUGACGUCUCCUGGCGAGAUGGCUCUGAUGUGGGGGCUGCUGCUCUGACCAUUUUGCCUAUAACGAAUGUUUCACCAGUUGGUCAGAUCUGUGCCAUAUUAUACUCCCCACUGUGCCUUGUGUGUAGGUGCUAUAAACGUUUAUUUAGUACACCAGUGAGGUGACCUCCAUAACUCUGAAAAUCUGAUGUGGUCUAGAUUUCUGAGGACUUUCUAAGGCUAUUUGUGUUUGUGUCUAAUUCUCUGAGGUUCUAGAUUCUGGGUCGGUCUAAUGUAUUUAUUACCAAAUACAUAGGGUUGUCAGAUUUGGGGUGGGAGAAUCCCUAUUUCUUCACCAGCAUAGUACUUGUAAGAAUGCCUUAAGCAGCUUCUAAUUAGAUUUGUGAGAUUGCUCCAGCCAUGUAACUCCAUUCUUUGGUCCGUAUUAUAUUUGUUCACAUUAUUUUGCUCCUUUUAUGGGAUAAACCUUUCACAUUCUGAUAAAUAAAUGAAUUGAUCAAGUCA